GCAAUUCCACCCGAUCAGAAUCAUACCAACACAUCCUAAUGGAAUGAGUGGUCACAGAUACGUGACCAUGUCCCAUUGUGUUGAUGUUCCACAAUUUCAGCAGCCACAAGAAAACGAGCUCGUCACCGCCAGCUUCGGCUCCGGCUCGCCUUAACAAAUCGUGCUCUGAAUGCACGAGGCGGAAGGUGAAAUGCGAUGGUGGUCAUCCUUGCAGCUCCUGUACGUACUACAAGGUCUCCCACCUGUGUAGCUAUCGUCAACGUAACAAGAGGAAUGCCGUAAGCAGAAGCACUCUCGAGGAGGUUUCGGAACAACUGAAAUCGCGGACUGAUAUCCUCGAGCAACUCUUUCCUGACAUAGCCAUAGAUGAACUCAUUGGGAAGAGUCGCGGUGAAUUAUUAGAUAUUCUCCGUAUUGCUUCUGUAUCCAGGGCAGCGGAAGAUGAGCUAGGCGACCGCUCUGCCGAAGAUCCCGAAGUCGCGGAUGAUUCAGCCCAGAUAUCUGAGAAUGGUGAGCCUACCGCCGAUCGACAAUGGGACGAAUCGAGCCACCAGCCUCCUGUGCUACAGGCUGGUGACGAUAUCAACGCUAUCAAUCUCGCAACAGAUCAUCAUCGUCGCUCUUACUUAGGAGUCACUUCAAUCAGCGCCAUCCUUAGGACAAUUUUCCGACUAUGUCCUCCUGCGAAGCAUCGUGUCGCUGAGCAAGCUAAAAGGUGGUCCGAGGAUCCUAUUCACUCUCAAUCUGCACCAUUCUUGGGUGGUGACCUAGGGGCCCAACUUCUUAAAGAGCAACGUUGUAUCGAUUUCUACUUUGAACAUGUUCACCCGAUUGUUCCCAUGCUAGAUGAAGAAGACUUCCGUUCUUCUUACUCCCUAGGGCAUCGAAGAGAACCUGGUUGGCUUGGUCUACUCAACAUGGUGAUAACGAUUGGCUCCAUAGCUUCUGGGAGCGAUACACUACAUGAACAAUACUAUGAACAGGCUCGAACUUUUGUCGAUCUCGAUAGCUUUGGUGCGGGAAAUUUAGAGAGCUUGCAGGCCCUCUGCCUACUCGGCGGAUUGUAUUUACAUUAUCGAAAUGCCCCAAACAUGGCAUAUUCUAUUCUAGGGGCUGCGCAUCGAGUUGCUAUUGCUCUAGGACUUCAUCGAGAAUCCAGACGCCGUGGUACCAAUACUGUUGAAAGCCAAGGAGAUUUAACGCCAAGCAAAGUGAAUCGACUCGAAACUAGGCGAAGAACAUGGUGGAGUCUAUUUUGCCUUGACACAUGGGCUAGUUCGACUCUCGGUCGUCCAACGUGCGGACGAUGGGAGGCUACGACAAUGGAUACCCUCCUACCUAGUUUCAUUAACGAGGAUGAUCACAUGGCAAUGUCAUUAUGUGCUAGUACCCGUUUCUGCCUCAUUUGCAAUCGCAUCCAAAGCCGAUUCGCGCAAUUCAAUCGGUUAACAAUUGCUGAAGCCGUUGCUUUUGACCAAGAAUUGCAAUCGUGGUGGGCAUCUCUUCCUGCGUUGCUUCGAUCACCCACGAACUCACCAUCCCGUCUAACUAUCGCACGCGAGUUCAUGCGAAACCGCUAUUUGAACAUACGCCUAAUCCUCAUGCGGUCACUCAUAUUAUAUCUUGCUCAUAGUCGCAUUCAGAAGUCCCAACUUGGCGCAGAAGAACUCCAGAUCAUUGACAGUUGUCGGACAGUUGCGAGCGAAGCCAUAGAUUCUAUCGCUCUCUAUUGGACGCCGAAUCGAGUUCACGUCUGGAAUUCUGCAUGGUACCUUUUCCAGGCUUGCAUGGUUCCCUUAUUGUCUAUCGUAAUCGAAAGUUCGCGGUGCGAUCCCACUGCUGACUCCUUGACUUCAGCUCGCGCAAGUCUUGUCAAGGCCAUGGAGACUUUCUCUGAGAUGAAACCGUGGAUGCGCGCUUCUGAUAGAGGACCGGAUAUCGUGGCCGCUAUAUAUGAAGCAAUCACUGGCGAAGCUGAAGGUAUUGGGCGAACCCCAUCCCAAGACGGGGACUCAAAUUUCUUUGGCUGGUAUGAUGAACAACUCACAUUUGGCACUGAAUUGGAUUGGGGCUCGUUCUUGAUGGACGAUGAUCUUCAUGGGACCUUAUUCACAACCCAAAGCCAAUAAAUAUAACUUCUUGGAUACAACAAAUCAAUUACCCUUUUUCGAAUUCCAAUGUCUUCAAUCUCUUUUCUAUCAAUCAAUCCUUCCUUUCCUUCAACACAUCCAAUCAAUCUUUUAUCCUAACCCUUUAAAAUGGCGCUAUCACAAUUUAGGCCUAAGUUGUCUAUCGAUGUCCUCUA